CUCCCCCCAAGUCUGGUCUUACUCGCUUCACCUUCGUCAUCUCCAUCAUCAUCAUCCUCGCCCGACCCACCUUCUUAUACUUCUAUCCUUCUAUCCUUCUAUCCUUCUAUCCAUCCAUCCAUCAACAACUACAAACUCUUCCGCCCUUCUUCCACCAAACCAUCUCAAUCUCCUUUCUUCAGACCUCUUCUGUUCAAAGGAUCCAAAUUUCCUUUCUUCAGACUACUUCUGUUUAAAGGAUCCAAAUUUCAUCUCUCUACUACCCCAAGGCUUCGACCCGGAUUUCCAAAACAAACAACUCCUCCACCCGGACAACCAGUUGGUUUCCUUGCAUUACCACAGGAUCUUUUUUCUUUGGGCCAUGCAGAAUGUCGGUCCUCAAUACAGGCCACUCAGGAUGUCGACCCGAUUCAACAGUUCCCAACCGACAAUAGCUGCCCUCGAGGAGAAUGCGCCCCAUGGAGACUCAUCUUGUUUCUCGGAUUUCUUCCCGUCCCAGAAGGCCACCGACUGCUCUCCGCAGCCGGUAAAGUGUCCCGUUGUCCCCUUCCACGCGGCUCCCCUCCCUACUCCGUCCCAGUCGCCCCAGUCGCCCUAUGGAUACAACGCGCCGCUCGCGCCCGUCGCGGACAACAUGCGCUACUUCCAGCAGCCCGAAGUCCACCAGCAGGCUCAACACUUCCAGCACUUCCCGCCGACACCCCCAGACACCCCUCCCCCGCCGUCCACCUUCGACCAGGCCCAGUUCUUCGACCCAAGCCAGCGAUUGCAGUUCCUCCGCACCCUCGGAUCAGGAGCCUAUGGAGUAGUCCACUUGGCCAAGGAUGUCCGCACAAGAAUCCAGUAUGCCGUAAAGGUCCUGAACAAGUUCAAUGCCAAUGGUCUCCCCCUGGAUGCGCGACAGCAGCACUUCCAGCAGACCGAGAUGCAGCUGCACUACGAGGUCUCGGCACACCCCAACAUCGUCUCGCUCCUCAGGAUCCUCGAUGUGGCCGACUGCACUUACGUUGUUAUGGAGUAUUGCCCUGAGGGAGAUCUCUUCUUGAACAUUACAGAGCGCGGCCGCUAUGUGGGUAAUGACCUUGCGGCCAAGACCGUGUUCCUGCAGAUCCUGGAUGCCGUUGCCCACUGCCAUCGCCUGGGAGUCUACCACCGGGACUUGAAGCCGGAGAAUAUCCUCGUCUCCGACGGGGGUAGCCAGGUCAAACUGGCCGACUUUGGAUUGGCCACUGCGGACAGCUUCUCCUCGGAUUUCGGAUGUGGAUCUACAUUCUACAUGUCACCAGAAUGUCAAGAUCAGUCUUCUGGGAUGCCCUUCUAUGCCUGCGCCCCAAAUGAUAUCUGGAGCCUCGGAGUUAUCCUGGUGAACCUGACCUGCGGCCGUAACCCCUGGAAGUCCGCCUCCACGAAGGACUCCACGUUCCGCGCCUACCUGGCAGACCGCCAGUUCCUCAAGUCCAUCCUCCCGCUCUCGGACGAGCUCAACGAAAUCCUCAACAUGGUCUUCGAGAUCGACCCAUCGCGCCGCAUCUCCCUGGCCGAGCUCCGCCACCGCAUCGCCACCUGCGGACCCUUCACCAAAUCCGCCGCCGCAGCCGCAACCACCACCACUUACGUCCCGGCAGCCGUGCCCACCAUCCAGGUCACAGCCGACGCCUUCGUCGACUCGGACUCGGACCUAGACGUGUACAGCGCGGCCCUCUCUCCCGCCUCCACCAUCUCCGAUGAAGGCUCCAUGAUCUCCGACGCCUCCGACACCUCGACGGCCCCCAGCGAAGCCGGCUCCUCCCCCGACCUCGACCUCCAGUUCGAGGUCAUGGACGAGGAUCACCACCGGGACCACCAGGACCACCACAUUGCCUCAUCCGACGACUUCGCGCCCGCGGCUAAGGAUCCUUGGGUCGCUGAGCCCGCUUUCGUUGAACCCUACGUUCCCGCAGACCCUGUUGUGAGCGCACCCAAGGACCUUGGAAUCCCACAACCACAGAUCCAGCAGCAGAGAUUCCUCUCCCCUCCCCCGCGCUCGGCUCCGCCGAGACAGCAGAAGAGCAUGCAUCAGCUCAUUGCGCGCUGUGUUACCCCUUCACUACUGAACUCGUUCUGCCCGCAAGGAAGCCAGCGCGGGGCCCCUGUGCGUCGCGCUUUCUAAGUUGCAGUUUUCCAUGGGAUUCCCAUACAUAGGAAGGAACGCCAGCCCCGGAUUCUUUUUUUCCACUUUCCGGAUGGACACAUACCACUGGAGGACCACAUUUUUACUUUUCUUUCGAGAAGACAUACUACUUUAAUGAUGUAUAUAAAAAACAACCCCACCGACAACGGACACAUCUUCUCUUCUUUUUUUACUUCAACAAACAAACUUCUACCAGUCCCGGCGUGGACAUAUCAAUACUUUCAAAAAUUGGCGGCGACGGGGAGGGAAAUCUGUUUUUCGAGAUUUUUUGUAUUUUGUUAAGCAAGCCCCUGCCAUGGGCGGAGUUUGGGAUAUACGCUGUCAAGAUUGGGCAUUUAAUAACUUUUCUUGUCUGGCAUGGCAAGAAAAACCCGGCGUCCUUUUAGAUACUACCUGUUUUUUGUUUUUACCUUAGCGAGGGAUAAUGGGGAUACGAAAUGAUUUGAUGGAUGGGUGUUAAACUCUACUUGUUUGGAACUUUUUGUUGGGUUUGGGGCGAUGGGGUUUAAUCGACGGCGUGUAUUUUUGGGGAUUUUCAAAAGGGAGGAAGGUGUCUGGUUUGGGAGGGAUAAAGACUUUGUUGUUGUUUGGAACGGAACGGAUAUACCCGCUGCUGCUGUUGUUCGCAGAGAGAGAGAUGGAAGAUUAUAUGUGUUGAUGAGAGAUGAUAGAAUGAUGAG